AUGAAUAUUUUGUUGAAAACCUUACUAGUUUUUCUGUUGUACAGAACUUCACAUGUGUGCAUAAUUUUUCCAUCUUUUUGUAGGCUUUGGAAAGCUUCUGGAGUGUGUACACAUGCUUUGGAAGGACAUUCUGAUGUAGUUGCUUAUGUUGGUAUCAUCAACCCAGAAGGUGCUGAGGCUAUUACUUUGGCCACUGCUUCUAAAGAUCGCACCCGGAGGCUAUGGAAGUUUGAUACAGAGGAGCCAAUCAAUAAUCCUAUCAAUGUAAGGGCAUUCAAAAUUUUGCGUGGACAUAGAGAAUCAGUACAGAGUGUUGCAGCCCAGAAAACUGGAGACAUGGUUUGUUCAGGUUCUUGGGAUUCAACGAUCAAUUUAUGGCGAACAAAUGACAACACUGAUGGUGAUCUUGUCUCAAUUAAGAAGAGAAAAGUGAAUGAUCAAGCUGACGAGUCUCAAUUGGAGGGGGAGGCCGUGUCUACACUUGUAGGCCAUACACAAUGUGUAUCUUCUGUGGUAUGGCCGCAGAAUGAAACAAUUUAUUCUGCAUCAUGGGAUCAUUCUGUUAGAAGGUGGGAUGUUGAGACAGGCAAAGACUUGACAGACAGUGUAAAUUCAGCUCUUCAUUAUAUCUUUCCGAACCAUUUUGGGCAGUUCUACACAGAAAUUGAGAAUACGUGUAUCACUUAG